AUGAUUGUUUGGAUAUCAGUUGCCAUCUUGGUCUGCCUCUUCAUGCUUCAAAGACUUGGAACUGACAAAAUUGGCUACAGUUUUGCACCAAUAAUUUGCAUUUGGUUUGCAUUCAUUGGUGGCAUUGGAGUUUUCAACUAUAUCAAGUUUGAUCCAACCGUUGUCAAAGCUCUAAACCCACUGUACAUUUUGAAAUAUUUUCGGAGGAACAAAAAAGAAGCAUGGAUAUCCCUUGGUGGCACUGUGCUUGCCAUUACAGGAACUGAAGCCCUAUUUGCCGAUGUUGGUCACUUCACAGUUCCUUCAAUACAAAUAAGCAUGUGUUCAGUGACCUAUCCAGCACUUAUAUUUGCAUAUACAGGUCAGGCUGCCUAUCUUCGCAAGCACAAUGAACAUGUUUCAGAAACCUUCUUCAAGUCUAUACCAGACUCUUUGUAUUGGCCAAUGUUUGUUCUAGCCGUAUUGGCGGCCAUCAUAGCUAGCCAAGCCAUGAUUUCAGGAACUUUCUCUAUAAUCCAACAAUCCCUGUCACUGGGUUGUUUCCCUCGGGUGAAGAUUGUGCAUACAUCGGCUAAGUAUAAGGGACAAGUUUACAUACCAGAAAUUAAUUACCUCCUUAUGCUGGCUUGUGUUGGAGUCACUUUAGGAUUCAGGAGCACCGCAAGGAUUGGCAAUGCAUACGGGAUAGCAGUGGUAUUUGUCAUGAUUCUCACAUCGUCCUUCCUGGUACUUAUCAUGAACAUGAUAUGGAAAACCCCCAUACUUUUCGUUAUCUCAUAUGUUUUUGUUAUUGGCUCUGUGGAACUGUUGUAUUUAAGCUCAGUCCUCUACAAAUUUGACCAAGGAGGAUAUCUUCCCCUAGCCUUUGCUGCCGUGCUGAUGUCUAUAAUGUAUGUCUGGAACAAUGUGUACAGAAGAAAGUACUACUAUGAGCUUGAACACAAAAUCUCUCAGGAUAAGCUCAAAGAGGUUAUCAAUGACACAAACUUCUGUCAAAUCCCCGGGCUUGCCAUUUUCUACUCAGAGCUUGUUCAGGGAAUCCCACCCAUUUUCAAGCACUACAUUGCGAAUGUGCCUGCAUUGCAGUCGGUUCUCAUUUUCGUCUCCAUCAAGUCACUGCCCAUAAGCAAAGUUUCAGUUGAAGAGCGCUUUCUAUUUCGUCAAAUGGAGCCCAAGGAUCAGCUGAAUGUGUUUCUUUGUGUGGUGAGAUACACGGAUGUGCGUAACGAGCAAGAGACCUUUGAGACGAUGUUGAUUGAGAAACUGAUGGAGUUUAUUAGGGAUGAGUUUUGGUUUUCACAAAGAGAAAAUAGUGCAGAACAAAAUGGUGAAACGUUAGAAGGGGAGAGUGAAAAUAAGGAUCAUGUAAAGGCGCAAGUUGAUGAAGAGAGGCGACUGGAGGCAGUGGAUAGAGAGAUCGAGGCAGUGGAAAAAGCAUGGCGUGCAGGGGUUGUCCACUUGAUUGGCGAGAAUGAAGUGGUGGCAGGCAAAGGAGCUGGCAUUGGAAAGAGAAUUUUGAUAGAUUAUGCUUACAAUUUCCUGAAGAGAAACUUGAGGCAAAGUGACAAGGUGUUUGAUAUUCCUCACAAACGCAUGCUAAAAGUGGGCAUGACUUACGAGCUUUAGAAUUACAUGCAGCAGGAUCAUGUGAAGAUAAACGUACGUCCGUGCAUGCAUGGGAUCGUUAGACUCUUCAGAGCAAAAGAAGGUAGAGCUAUGGUAAUAAAUGUUAGAUGAUUCCCCUAAUAAUCUGCUAUUUCUGGCGUCAACUUUGUACUAAUAUAGAUAUAUAAUAAACGCUGCGGUACGUUAUAGUACUACCCCUUGCAUCUACAUGUAAAAACAGGUAAUUAUAGAUCAUGUCAAUUAUGUCUCUUUAUAUAUAUAUUUUUUUGAU